GUAUAUAAGGCAAAAACGGUUUGGAAGAAACAUUGUCUACUCAAGUACGAAAAAGCAAAAACAAAAUGACUCCAAUCGUGAUCGCUUUCGCCCUCUGUCUCCUUGGUGCCAGCCAAGCUGCAGUUGUUCGACCAUCGGUCCUACCAGCUGAACAACCCAUUCUCCGUCCAGUGGUCUUACCCGCCCCAGUCGAAGAGGAAUCUGUUGUCCGCCCAGGAGUCUUACCCGCCCCAAUUGAAGAGGAAUCCAUUGUCCGUCCCGGAGUAUUACCCGCCCCAAUUGAAGAUGGAUCAAUUGUCCGUCCCGGAGUAUUACCCGCACCAAUUGAAGAUGGAUCAAUUGUCCGUCCCGGAGUAUUACCCGCACCAAUUGAAGAUGGAUCAAUUGUCCGUCCCGGAGUAUUACCCGCACCAAUUGAAGAAGAUUCCAUUGUCCGCCCUGGAGUUUUACCUGCACCAAUUGAAUCCGAAGACGUACCAGAAGAGGGUGCAGUGAUCCCAGUCGAUCUUCCAGAAGUUGUCAGUGUGCCAGAACCAUCAAGCGACGAUCAAGCUGUUGAAUUGAAAUUGAACAUCCGCGUCCCAAUUGGUGCUAGUGCUCUUUCUGGAAUUUCCGGGAUUUCUGGGAUUUCCGGCGUAUCCGGUGAAACCAGACCAGCAGAGCCCUCCCUUCCUGGUCACAUUGAGGACUGGAUCCGUUAAAUAACCUACGCAUCUAUGAAUCAUUAAUAUGCGCUGUAUAAACUAAAAAUUAGAGUUGAAUAAACAACCGAAUCCUA